CGGCACGGGAACAGCUGACAUUGACAGCUGACAAUUGGAUAUCGUAUUACGAUACGAUUAAAAUAUUCACAUGAAGAAAUUGUACUUUACUGAUAUAAAUUCAUGAUUGGAUACAAACCGUUCCAUAAAAAAUAUUAUUUCAGUAACCAAAACUGCACAAAAUGUGGUGAGGUCACUCAAAACUAGAAUUUUGGAUUCGAUUUGAAACGGUUCAAUUAAACACGAACCGGUUGACUUUUGACAACGAACCGGUUGUGUCUUGACAGCUUGACAGGCGCUGUCAUCUCGGGAAUUGCUGUAAACAAAAAGAAAGGCGCUUCAACAGCACGAACAGAAGCCAAGAAGAAAGGGAACGAAAGGGAAAGCUCGCAGUGACGAAAAGGCCUGGUUACGUCGAAAAACACGCAUUAAAAUUCCACUUUCAAAAUAGGUGAACAAACGACCGUCCUCUUUGAAAGGGUGGCAACACAGCAACGCACCAACCAACAGGUGUGAAACCCCUGCCAGCAGCAGUGCAUCACUAGCAGCAGCAGCAGCAGCAGCAGCAACAGCAACAACAACGACCCUCAUCGACGACGACCAUGGGGAUCGACUUCGAGGUGAACGAUUACAUCAAAACGCUCAAGAAGGACGGUGGCCCCUUCAAAUGUCCCAUGUGCGACAAGACGUACAAAUCGGUGAUUGGGCUACAGUACCAUCUGAACAACUAUGACCACGACAACCCGUCCCCGGCCGUGCCUGCCUCGGUGUCGACCCCGAUCAAGCAGAAGGGCCGCAAGCUGAAGGUGGGCGUUACGCCCAAAAACCAGAUCGCGUGCAGUCCACCGAAGGAGGGCAUUACGUAUCUGGAGAGUGAACACUUGGUGCGGCUCGACUGCAAUGGCAAGACGGUGAAGAUCCCGGUGCUGGACGCACUGCCCGUGAUGUCGCUCGAGGAGUACGAGAGCAAGUGCAAGACGGCGUCCGACUUUGAAGCGUUUGCCGUGGCACCACCGGAAGAGCCGGAGGUGCAGCUGCCGGAGGGCAAGUUCAAGGAAAUCGAAGACUACACAAUCUGUGAUGCCCCGGCCCGGCCGAACGCGUACAUUCGCUUCAUCGAGAAGUCGAGCGAAGAGCUGGACGGCGAGGUAGAGUACGACGUGGACGAGGAGGACACGACCUGGCUCAGUAUUAUCAAUGAACGGCGUGCGGCACAGAACGUGGGCCCAGUGUCGGUGGAUUCGCUCGAGUUGCUGAUGGAUCGGUUGGAGAAGGAGUCGUUCUUCCAGGCGGCGGCCAACGGCCAAAACGGCGCCGUCGUAGACGAUGACGCCGUGUGCUGCAUCUGCAUGGACGGGGAGUGCCAAAACACGAACGUGAUUCUGUUCUGCGACAUGUGCAACCUGGCCGUGCAUCAGGAUUGCUACGGAGUGCCAUACAUCCCGGAGGGCCAGUGGCUCUGCCGUCGGUGUUUGCAGAGUCCGAGCCGUCCGGUGGAUUGUGUGCUGUGCCCGAACACCGGCGGUGCCUUCAAGCAGACCGACCACAACCAGUGGGCCCACGUAGUGUGUGCGCUGUGGAUACCGGAGGUUCGAUUCGCCAAUACCGUGUUUCUGGAACCGAUCGAUUCGAUUGAAACCAUCCCGGCGGCCCGGUGGCGCUUGACGUGCUACAUCUGCAAGCAGAAAGGCAUCGGGGCGUGCAUUCAGUGCAACAAAACGUAUUGCUAUGCCGCGUUCCACGUGACCUGCGCGCAGCAGGCGGGAUUGUGCAUGCGCAUGGAUACGGUGAAGGGCACGGACAGCAACCCGGUGGUGGUGCAGAAAACGGCCUACUGCGAUGCGCACACCCCACUGAACGCACUGCAGACGACACCGGGCAACUCGCCCGACGGUGGACCGCCGACGGAUGCGCGAGAGGUAACGCGCGAGAAGAUGAAAAAGGCACGCAAGCUGCUGGCGCUGAAGCGUACCAGUGCACCGGUGAUCCUGAUCCCUACCAUCCCGCAGAACCGCAUCGAGGAGAUAUCGUCGCUGGUAAACAUUCCGAAAAAGCAGCAAUUCAUUCAACGCCUCAUCGCGUACUGGACGUUGAAGCGACAGUACCGGAAUGGAGUGCCGCUGCUGCGCCGGUUACAGUCGCAGGGCCAGGCGCAGGGAACGGGCAUGCCCGGUUGUCGCGAUCGUACCGACGGUUCACCGGACGCGCAGGAACUCUAUCAGCAGCUCAAGUACUGGCAGUGCCUUCGGCAGGAUCUGGAGCGAUCCCGGCUACUCUGCGAGCUGGUGCGCAAGCGGGAAAAGAUUAAGCUCAUUCUGAUUAAGACGACCGAGCAGCUCGUGAUGGCACAGCUCAACCCGAUCGAGAGCGUUCUGCAUCGAAUCUUGGACCAGCUGGAGGUGAAGGACGAUAAGGAAAUCUUCCGCGAACCGGUCGACACGGAGGAGGUGCCCGAUUACACCGACAUCGUGAAGCACCCGAUGGAUCUGGGCACGAUGCGGCAAAAGCUUAAGCGGGGUGCGUACAUCCGCAUCGAAGACCUCGAGCAAGACUUCCAGCUGAUGAUCCGCAACUGUUUGGCGUACAACAACAAGGACACGAUGUUUUAUCGCGCCGGUGUGCGGAUGCGCGAUGCCGGUGCAAUUGUGUUCCGCACGGUGCGCAAGGAGCUGGAACGGUCGGGCCAGUUCCAGGAGCCGGCGCCCGUUGAACCGAUUGCUUCCAGCGCGCUGUCCGGUCGAGCGAUCGGCAGUUCCAGCGAAGAUAACAUUGCAAUGGACAUUGAGAAUGAGCUGACCAAGAUUACGGGCCAGUCGGCGAACGCGGAGCACAUCGGCAAGCUGCAGACACUGCUGAGCAAAGCGAACGGAAUCCGGCACGCGUUGACGCGCUCCAAACGCAUCAAGCAGAUACGCAACGAGAUUGCGCGAGUAAAGCGAGCGAUUAGUAAAGAUCCGGAACGUGGUUUGCUAAACGAUCGUCGAAUAUCGUCGGAUCUGGUGGGAGCAAGCUCCUCCUCGCUUGGUGGGACAGCUUCAUCUUCGUUUUCGCCGAAAAAGUUGUCCCACUCCAUGCACGCAGAACCCACCUCAAGCGGGCUAGGUGGUCUCGCCGGAAGCAGUCUUGCACUGGCACAGAAACAUCACCAAAUCACGCCGGAAGCGAGUCCACUGAAGGUGCUCCAGAACAGCCCAUCUCCGUCGGGUGUUAAUCGAAGAACGGCUGUACUGUUCACACGCAAAGCACAAGCGGCCUUGAAGAAACCGGAAGCGUCUCUGAAGCAGGAAGGAGCAGGCGUCGGAGCGUCGGGUGGCACUGGGGGUACUGGUGGACCGAGUGGCUCUACGGUAACGCCAAUGACAACGACGGAACUGCUCCAGAAGACGGCCAAGAAGAUUAACCGUGGCAAGCGGAUCGGCAAAAGCGGGAAAGGCAUUGAGUCGUUCCUGGAGGCAACGUCCGCUUCGGCGCUGGACGGGAAACCGAUCGAGCGGAAAUCGCUGGAAGCCAUCCCGGACAGUUUCCGGGUGUACCGUGGGCAGCAGGAUCGUGAAAUCAGUGACUCGGAGAGUAAUCUCAGCCUUACGGGUAGUACCUGCAGCAGCUGCAGCGGAUUUAGUGGCAGCGGAACGGAAUCAGAGUUUGGCUCCAGCAAUGACGAUUCGUACUGUGACUCGGAAAUGUCCACCAACAGCGAACCGGAGGUGGAAUCGUUCCCGGAAAAGCCCGCCCUAGAACCGCUCAAGCUGGUGUGGGCCAAGUGCCGUGGCUAUCCGUGGUAUCCGGCCCUCAUUAUCGACCCGAACAUUCCGAAAGGGUUCGUGCACAACGGCGUCCCACUGCCGGCCCCGCCGGCCGAUGUGUUGGCCCUGCGCAGCAACUACGACGAGCCCGUGUUUCUGGUGCUGUUCUUCGAUGUGAAACGUACGUGGCAGUGGUUGCCGGUCGGCAAGCUGGAACUGCUCGGUGUGGACAAGGAGCUGGACCAGAGUAAGCUGAUCGAGUCGCGGAAACCGACCGAACGGAAGGCGGUCAACAAGGCGUACCAGGAGGCACUGCACUACCACAGCCAGGUGUCGAGUGCGGAUGGGCCGGCCGGGAAAUUAUGAUGCUAUGGGAGUGUGGGGCCGGGAGCAGGAGGAUUCGUAAUAUCUAAAGGGGAGCAACCGGAGGAGGAUGGCGAGGAGGAGGAGGAAGAAGAGGAGGAGGAGGAGGAGGAAGAGGAAGGGGAGGAGCAGGAAGACGAAGCAGAGGGAGAGGAAGACGAGGGAGAUGAGGAUUCGUGUUAGAUCUGUCGUUUUUUGUGUGUGUAAAGGAUGGGGAAUGUCCUUUACGGUUUUAUUUUUUAACAAUGUGCGAAUGAUUGUCGUUUUC